AUGGAUUAUAGGUAAUCGAUCAAACUGACUCUCGUGGUAAUAUUUAUUUUUAGAAAAAGAAAAACGGAAUACGGAUAAAAAACCGCAUUCCGUUUUCCUUUUUCUAAAAAUAAAUAUUACCGCGAGAGUUAGUUUGAUCGAUUACCUAUAAUCCAUCAGUUUUCAAGGCUAAAAAUAGUCGCCAGGUGCCAGUCCUGAAGCUCGUAGCAAUUCCGAUAAAACACCCGAACCGCGGAAAAUCAAGGUCUCGCUUGACUCCGGCUUUGACGAAGAGUCCAAGGACUACCACCCCAUGGAAAAGAAUCAAUACAAUCUUAUUUAAAAACGUUUACACACAAUCUGGUUUUUCAAAGAUCUCCUAGAGAACCUGUUUCAGAAAAGUCUUUUGCUAGCGGAAACACGUCCCAAAGUCUCUUCUUACGUGCGGCGAAAAGCGAAGCUCUCUAGCAGCUUUCUAUCAAAAGUUACUCAAAAGAUAGCCACGGCUCUUAUAAUUUGAAAAGGAUAGUAGUCAUUAGCCACAGCCCUGUAUAGAAGGCUAGCCUAACGCAGGGUUCUUUCUCGCAAUUACUUGAGCUCCACAUACACACUCACUAAUUACGUACUAGAUUUCCCGAGAGCUAGGCGAACUAGAUAGAGGAGCUAUAUUGUACGUGACAACAUAGCCAGUAAGCGAUGCUGUCCUCACCUGAUUGGAAAGUCUCUUUGCUAUUCAAAUCUUUCUUCAGAUUUGUUCUAACUAUUAUGGUCGAGGAGAAAAACUAAAAAUAAAGGUGGGCCAAUAACUUUGAUUGCCGCCGCUUUAAGCCAGAAAGAGUGUUAGUUAACAAAUGAAAAAUUAUGAAAGUUUGAAGUAUUAAUCGAUAUCUCAACGUUUAUUUUUUUCAACCCAUAUUGAUUUUUACUGCUACUUUUUGUAGAAGACGAAUUCUCGGUCGUACACUCAUAAAUGCUCCCAGACUAAUAGAGUGUAUGCAGACUUUGGAUUAACAACUAAAGCAGAAUUAAAUUGCAUGAAAUCUUAAUAUAAGUAUUAAUGUCUGUAAUACAAUGCAUGAGGAAUAAUCUCAAAAUUUAUAUAAAAUAACGGCUUUAGGAAAUUUACAUAUUUUUCAUUGCUUGAUAAUUCAAUGGUUGACGCAUGUUUGUUUAUUCACUAUUCAGACGUGUGCACGAAAAUUGCAUAUUUUAUUCUAACUAGGCGUUAGUUACUCUCGGGAGUCCCUUUCGUACAACACGUAUUUGUCAAAUUAUUUUUGAAUAAACGUUAAUUUACAUUAAGAAAUAUGAUUCAUGUUUUUCGUUCAUGUUUAGAAUUAAACAUUGUUCAGCGAAUAACACUUCUUCAGGUAGUCCUUGUUCAUCUCCGACAGUUCCUAAAAAAGAAAUGACAUUUACAAAAUUAACAAAUUAUGUUGUCAAAACUGAUCAUCAUUGUAACUCGACUCAAGACAAUUCACUAACUGAUCAACAAUAUCCCUAUUCCAUUGCUCCUUACGUUUCGCCAACAACUAAUAUUACACCAUCAUCUGCGUCAACAAGUUCAAAUAUAACUAAUAAUGGCACAACAACAAAUCAUUCCUAUGAUUCUCAUUCUCUUCAUCAACGUCAAUUAUCUGUUCGUAAUACGUCAACAUCGACAACAUCAAAUCCAGUUCAAAUGGAUCACACAUCGCCACUACAACAUCAACAAUAUAAUAAUGAAAAUCAAAUACUAGCCACAACUACUUCACAUAUUCAACAGCAGCAACCACAAUUAUCGAAUAAUAAUAUUUUAUCAACAUCAAAUAACAAUAGUAAUAAUAUUUUAUCGUCUCAAAUAGUUGAAAGUGAUAGUUCACAUUCAACACAGACAUCUCCACCUCAACAUGGUGUAACACCUGAAGCCACAAAAAAAUCGUUAUUUCAUCAUAUUAUCGAUGCUAUGCAAGAAGAUCAUCAGAUGAUUGUUGUUAAAGAUCGACCAUUAGCCACAAUUAAAACAGAUCUUAUACAUGCAUUUCUCUGGGCAUAUCGUUCAUCAAUGUUUCAACGUAAUAUUCCAUUUCAUAUUGAAAUAUGUACAGUGAAAGCAAACGAUGUGUUGACAAAUGAUAGUUGUUAUGUUACAUUUACACUUAUUACUAAACAAGCAAGACGUUUCAAAAAAUUAUGUGAAGAAAUUCAAGUAUUAUUUCUAACAAACAAAGAACGUUUAAUAAAACAACAACAACGAAGACCUAUAGAUAAAGAUCAUAUUGCAGGCGGACAUUUAAAUAAUACUAAUCUGCCAGUAACUACAACAAUUUCCGCUAAUACGACCACCACCACCACCACUACAACAACAACAAAUCGCACAAACGUGCCAUCUUCCACUUACAACAAUAAUGGAUCAUCAUUAGUUUCUAUUAAUACUAGUAAAGAUAGUUCCAUAUCAUCUUUAUCCUCAUGUUCAAAUGUAUCGUUAACGAGUCCACCACAAUUACAGCAUCCAUUAUUUUCGCCAUCUUCACUCGUUACUACCGUACCUCAACAACAAACAACCAUAACUGUUGCUUCAGUAUCUAGUAUAUUGGCAUUUAAAGAUGACGUUUCUAUUUCAGAUAUAUCUCAGAUAUCACCACCGUGCACUGCAUAUUUGAUGAAUAAUAUACAAUCAACUACAGCAUCUUCCGCACCUUCUAUGCCUGUUUUAACACAUCAAGCAGCGACGUCAUCCUUACAGAAAGACAAAAUUGCUCAUCGAUUUGUCAUCUAGUCAAGCUUAUUUUAUUUGUUAUUGUUAUUGUUUUUCUUUUUCUCUUUUUAAUGUUGUUAGUACAUUGUCUUUCUAUCUCUUUUUCUAUUCGUUUAAUUGAAACAAAUUUGUAUGUGCAAUCUCAUUUUCCUCUUAUCUGACGAUUUCACAUAUAUCUACAUUAUCAACAAGAAACAGUUGGCGUACCUAUCCACUCAUAGACAAACAGCACAUUUUCUGUGUGUUUGUCAUUUUAUUUUGUUUUGCUUCUCUUCACACACACACCUAAUCUUAAAAAAAAGACAAAUAAAUUUUUCUGAUUGUAAUAUUCUAGUCAAAUAGUGAUAUAUAUAUAUAUCAAAUCGUUUAUGUAUAUCAACGAUUGUAGAAAUAUGACAAGACAUUUCUGUUUUUUUUCUUUCCUUUAUUAAUGAAUGAAAUAUGUAAACUAUGACGAAAUAAAAUGACUAUACGAAUAAUUCAGAUAAAAAUCUUUUACAGGAUGAUUGAACACAGGAAAGUCUAUUGACGACCGAUUAGUUUCUCCUAGUGUCUUCAUUUUUUAGACUGUAGAGAUCAUUAACCUUGUCAUCCUAAGGUAUUGAAUAAAGUUUAAAAGACUAACUAUUUUCUAAUCUUUAUUAAUUUUUGCUGCAUACAUGAAUCAAAUAAAUAAAGCAAAUAAAUGCAAGACAAGAUAUAAAUAUACAGAUAUGUAGGG